AUCAGGAAGAGGCUGACCAGCAUCCAGCGAGGGACUGACCAUGAACUUGUGACUCCUUCCAUUGCACCAAUUUUACUGAGAUGUGAUGCGCUUCGUUUUAUGAAAGUUGAUUCGAUCUAAACCGGAUAGCUGAACAGGAAGAAAGCCCGUGUGCCGACAACAGGUAAGUGAAAGUGAUUCCACCUGGCGGGAAAGUGCAUCACGCUGGCGAAUCUAACGGCGAAGGACAUCUUUUGGUGGAUCGAAGGAAUGCUCAUAUUCCAUUCCCAGGCUCAGCAUGAUGCUUAUUGCAUUACACACGUAACAAGCCCUCGUGGAGUACUCUCCAUGACUACUUACAAAUUCACGUCAUUAUUUAUAUAACGACGAGGCAAAUCAAUGGAGGUCAGCGGUGAACGUGCAACGUACCCCCAACUCAGCUGAUUACGUGAGUGACAUCUCCCCCAAUUUAUCGGGGACUCGUCAGACUUGAGACUUUAAUCACAUACUCAUUAUCUACUGACGCACGGCGGCGUGGAAUUAUAAAACCGAGGUUUAGUCAUACAGUACGUCACAGUGGAUCAUUUGCAAUGAAUAACCGGCGUUGUUUGUGUUUAUAAUUAGAUAUCAAUGAGUUGAGGUGUCACGGCACCUUACACCGCCUUUCGGUGGGGUUAUCCGGUGAUAUGCGGAAUGAAACUUGGCCAGCCGCAUCCGUCUUGAUGGAUGCGACUACCUCACGUUGAGCGGAACGUUGAACGGUCACUCUCCACUUCCAUCCUUCCAUCCGUCCGCCCCUUUUAAACUAGGUGCAGCAUGUGUAACGAACGACAGUGCCGUCGUGAACUACCUAUCUGAUCCGUCUGCUCCGCCCACUUUGGUUAUAUGUACAAGAACGAGGCCUGACGUGACCAGAGAGCACAUUACAUCGUCAACUUUUCCAGAGCACAGUCCAUUACUGUCAUUACAUCUCUCCACUAUUGUCGCUCCCGUCGAAUCGUUAAUAAAGAACCAAAUAUGGCAAUGUCAGAUUUUCGUCGCAACAAAUUGAUUUACGUCUUCAAGGCUUUUUUCGAUGUGGAUAACAGUGGCGCCAUCGAUCAACAAGAUUUUCGCCUGGCUGCCGAGCGCAUAUGUCGAGUGCACGGAUGGAGUGUGAACGAGGGCAAGGGCGCCCAAGUAUUGCAGCGACUUCUCGACGUCUGGGAGGCCCUUAAAAGAGCUGAUUCCGACAACGACGGUUCGGUUGAUCAAAAAGAGUGGUGUGCCAUGUGGGAAGCUUACGCCAAGGGCGAAACUGAUUACCAGGAAUGGCAGGACAAAUAUCGAGAUUUUUACUUUAGCAUUAUGGACACCUCAGGUGAAGGAACUAUUGAACUAGAUGAAUUUGCGGCAGUGAACAGACGUAACGACGUUUCGGACAAUGACUGCUCCGAAGCUUUUAAAUUGAUGUCCAAGGAUAAUUCGGUUGUUGUGAAUUCGUCCACUUUCGCUCAACUGUGGAAUGAGUUUUUCACUUCGGACGAUCCUUCAUCCUCCGGAAAUUAUAUUUAUGGGAAAUUGCAGUUCUAAACUAAAGUUCAUGUGGCACAUAUCUAUAGUUUUUAACAUUCCAGUUAUAGAGAAACUGAACAAUUCAGUUAAAUAUAGGAGGGAAUCUGCAAUGACCUUCUAUAAUUUACCACUUCUUCUAUUCAGAACUGGUAUGCCAUUUCUUUACCCUCACUUGCUUUAGAAGUUUUCUUACCUUUUUCUUGUAAUCCACUCCUCCCUAUCUUCCAAAUAACAUCCCCUGUGCUGCUGUGUUCUCCUUUGAUCAAUACAAAAUAAGGAAAAUGUUUCA